GAAGACUUUUGGCUGCGUGCUCCUAUCCAUCUAUCCAUUCUCUUUUUUUCUUCUUCUUCUUCCUCUGUCCGUUUCUCGACGGGUCCAAAAAAACAACAAUUGAUCGAUUCCCAAAAAAAAACAAUUGACCAAUUUUCUUGGCUGCUGAGGCAAUCUUUGCUCUCCCCGCGACCUAUAGUCCCCUCUGGGGCGGCUAGGGGUUGGGGAUUUGUAAUUCCGUCUUCUUGAUUUCAGUCCGCUUCUUGAAGUCGUUGAGGCCGGAUUAUGAGAUGGGCCUCUUCUCGUGCCUGUUCCGGUGCCCUGAGGAGGACGAGGAGGUGGCCAAGGAGCAGGACGACGAGGAGGAGUCCAGCAGAAUCGACCAUCGACUCGCCUCAGAGUCAUCAGAAAGUGUCCCACUGAGGGCUGAAUCCAGGCAAAGCGACGAAAUUCAAAGAAAUGGCGCUCAUAAUGAAGCAACGAUCUUCAGUUUGCGUGAGCUUGUUGAUGCCACCAAAAACUUCAGCCUGGAUUUUCAUUUGGGCCGAGGGGGAUUUGGUUGUGUCUACAAAGCAUAUCUGAACGAUGGACAGGUUGUUGCAGUCAAACAACUUGAUCUCAAUGGACUUCAGGGUAACAGAGAAUUCCUUGUGGAGGUUCUCAUGCUCAAUCUCCUGCAUCACCGUAACCUUGUCAAUUUGAUAGGGUACUGUGUUGAUGGCGAUCAACGGUUGCUCGUGUAUGAAUAUAUGCCAUUGGGAUCGCUAGAAGACCAUCUGCACGAUCUACAGCCCAAUCAAGAACCUCUAGAUUGGAUGACACGGAUGAAGAUAGCUGCUGGUGCGGCAGCUGGUUUAGAAUACCUGCAUGAUAAGGCAAAUCCACCAGUUAUUUACAGAGAUAUUAAGCCAUCGAACAUUCUUCUUGGUGAAGGGUAUCAUGCAAAGUUGUCCGACUUUGGACUUGCUAAACUUGGUCCAGUAGGUGAUAAGACUCAUGUGACAACCCGUGUCAUGGGGACUUACGGUUAUUGUGCUCCUGAGUAUGCCUCGACUGGACAGCUAACGGUUAAGUCGGACAUUUAUAGUUUUGGUGUGGUGUUCCUCGAGCUAAUUACAGGACGAAGAGCGCUUGACAGCAAUCGGCCUCGUGAGGAACAAGACUUGGUCUCAUGGGCUCGUCCGUUGUUCAAAGACCAAAGGAAAUUUCCAAAGAUGGCUGAUCCUUUGUUGCGUGGCCGCUUCCCAAAGAGGGGCUUGUACCAGGCCUUGGCUAUUGCAGCGAUGUGUUUGCAGGAGAAAGCAAGAAAUCGCCCUCUCAUUAGGGAAGUUGCUUCUGCCCUCUCUUAUCUGUCCUCACAAACAUACGAUAGGCACGAUGCUUCUGCUCGUAGUCACCUUAUUGGCCCUUCAUCACCAAGGGUGCAGGACAAUCAGGUCAACCAAGACGUUGCCUUGCCUAGUCGACAUGGGGCUCAAACAUCGACUCAUGCGAAUACAAAUGACAUGGUUCCAGAAGCAAGAGAACAUUGCUGGAGCAGCUCACAUCGCGCAUCACGAGGAAGGGUUGUUCCAAACGGCGUUGACAGAGAGCGUGCACUUGCAGACGCGAAUGUCUGGGCCGAGGCUUGGAGACGCCACGAGAAGGCCUGCGUGUAACUGACAAGAUCCUCGGGUAGUGAGCUCCGCUUCAGGUUUUUGUCAUGCCAGUGAUUUUGAAGGAAGUGUUUUUAGAAGAGGAGGAAUAAUGCGCAGCGAGGUGCAUAGAACUGCACCGCCAGAGUGAGCGCUGGCAAGAUUUCACCGGUGGAGCCUGCUACAUCCAGUUUUUUUUUUUGCUGCAUUGGUACGUGGGUUUAUUUUUGUGUGUAGAUAAUUUAGGGGACUGUAAAUGUAAUAACCCCCGUAAUAGAUGGAUACAGCAAAAUUUUCAGAUCAAUGGUUCUGGAUGCAGCCAGAAGUUUGGAUA